CGCUGAGAUGAUCGGCGCGUAGCCGGCCAAUAUUCUGGGGGGAUGAAAGUGAGCGUUUCUGGUUUCUUUUUCAUACCUUAGCGUCUUGGUUUUACUUUUUGCUUUUUUUUUAAUUAGCGGAAGGGAAAAAGAAACAUAAGGAAACACUUAUGAUGGAAAUAUGACCCAAGGCAAGAAGAAAAAGCGGCCGAACCGUAGCGUGCUGCUGGCCAAGAAGAUCGUCAUCAAGGACGGGGGCACGCCACAAGGCAUCGGAUCGCCCAGUGUAUAUCAUGCUGUGAUCGUCAUCUUCUUGGAGUUCUUUGCAUGGGGACUUCUGACCGCUCCAACCUUGGUGGUGUUGCACGAGACCUUCCCCAAGCACACAUUUCUAAUGAAUGGCUUGAUUCAAGGUGUCAAGGGUUUACUGUCAUUUCUCAGCGCCCCGCUGAUUGGUGCCCUCUCCGAUGUGUGGGGAAGGAAGUCUUUUUUGCUGCUUACAGUAUUCUUCACUUGUGCUCCCAUCCCACUUAUGAAGAUUAGUCCUUGGUGGUAUUUUGCAGUUAUCUCUGUGUCUGGGGUGUUUGCUGUCACCUUCUCUGUGGUAUUUGCUUAUGUGGCAGAUAUAACCCAGGAACAUGAGCGAAGCAUGGCCUAUGGACUGGUAUCUGCAACAUUUGCAGCCAGUCUGGUUACCAGCCCUGCUAUCGGUGCUUACCUCGGCAAGAUGUAUGGUGACAGCCUGGUAGUUGUGUUGGCCACAGCCAUAGCAGUGUUAGACAUCUGUUUCAUCUUGGUGGCCGUGCCGGAAUCUUUGCCUGAGAAGAUGAGGCCAGCGUCCUGGGGGGCACCCAUUUCAUGGGAGCAAGCUGAUCCUUUUGCUUCCCUUAAGAAAGUGGGCCAGGACUCCACAGUGCUGCUCAUCUGCAUAACAGUUUUUCUAUCCUACCUCCCCGAAGCCGGACAGUAUUCCAGUUUCUUUCUGUACUUAAGACAGCUUAUGGGAUUUUCACCGGAGAGUGUUGCGGCAUUCAUAGCUGUCCUGGGCCUGCUGUCUAUCAUUGCACAAACGAUAGUUCUGAGUUUACUAAUGCGCUCUAUUGGGAACAAGAACACUAUCCUUCUGGGCCUUGGUUUCCAGAUUCUCCAGCUUGCCUGGUAUGGCUUUGGCUCAGAGCCCUGGAUGAUGUGGGCGGCGGGUGCAGUUGCGGCCAUGUCCAGCAUUACAUUCCCAGCAGUUAGUGCUUUAGUGUCCAGGAAUGCAGACCCUGACCAGCAAGGCGUAGUUCAGGGGAUGAUCACUGGCAUUCGUGGGCUGUGCAACGGUUUGGGCCCUGCCCUGUACGGCUUCAUUUUCUACAUAUUUCACGUAGAACUAAAUGAGCUGUCAGUAACGGAUGACGAUACUGGUGAACAUCUCUCCACCGAGUUUCACAACCAACAGAGCUCUAUUAUCCCUGGUCCGCCCUUCCUGUUCGGAGCGUGCACCGUGCUGCUGGCCCUGCUGGUUGCCUUGUUCAUCCCUGAGCACAGCAGCAUGGCCUUGAGGAGCAGCAGCUGGAAGAAGCACUCGGCAGCUCAUGGCCACCCUCACAGCCCACAGGCCCCAGGGGAGGCCAAGGAACCUUUAUUACAGGACACCAAUGUAUGACUGCCAGCCGAGCGUGGGCUGUGGUCGAGGGUCACUUUCUGCCCAGAAGCACUAUUAACAAUGUUUUUAUUUAUUGAUGGAUUUUUUUUUUCCUUUUUCCUCCUUGAGGAAGAUGCACUGUGCUGAUGUUCUACCACUCAUUCUUUGCUUUGAACACAAAAUGGUGCAUCCAGCCCUCGAGUUUUCUGAACUGCUUACCUGUUGAUUUGUCUCUGCACCUUUUUUUAUUUUAUUUCUGCUACCCUCAGUCUAAGAGUGAUGGCGAGUCACACUUUUAGUGGAAGAUUCGUCGAGUGGCAUCAGUGUUGACCGGAGAGGAACAUUUUUUUUUAAACCACUCUGAAACAAGUUAGGGGUAAGAAGGGGCAUCGGGAGAAGAGCGGGACAGAACACCACCUCCCUUUUUGUUGUUUCAGACAUUAAAAUGGACCCCAAGUUGCUCUUUACGCACACACAAAAAAAUAUAUAUAUAUAUAUUUUAAAGAGUGGCCUUUUGUACUGUGGUUUUCACGAAGUGGCGAUUUGUCAAGGAUCAGUGCUAACCUACCAAAUAAAAUGGCGUGGUUGUUGGAGAACGGGUCUUACUUUUCACAGAAAGCGCUUUUUUUUUUUUUUUUUGUGCGCUCUUGUUAGUAUCUACAUUUUUUUUUUUUUUUGUUUGGGUUCUGUGUAUGAUAGGAAUGGAGUACUGUAAGCGCGAGCCGUCAUUUUCUGUGGUUGUUAAUGCUCCUUUACUGCCUUGUUUUUAAUUUCUUAAGAUAUGGUUAAGUCUUUCAAAGUUGUACAUACUGAAAUGAAAAAAAAGUUCAAUAAAGAAAAAGUAUUUUUUAUUGUUAA